AUGUCGAAACACGAUCGAGCGAAAUCGGGUGGCUUUCUGGAUACGUUGCUUGGCCGACCACACAAGAAGGGCGGGCGGCACGGUAGCAGCGGGAGCGCCACUGGCUACGGCAAUGGCCCCAACGGCACGGGCCACGGUGGUGGCUUCGGUAGUUACGGUAGCCUCAACGGUGGCCGCCCACUGUCCGGGCCCGCCGGAGACCUGUCGCUGCUGAUCGAACCGAAUGAGUCGCGCAAAAUGAGCGAAGCCGAAGUAGAUCAACUGUUCCUCGAAAUUCUCGAGGACAUGAACAUUCCGAAGGACAAACGAGAUCCGCUGCUGGACAAACCGCUGGAGGAGAAGCGCAAGAUGAUUAUGAUGCAUGUGAAAGGCAAAACAUCGAACGAGCAUCGGGCCAACUCUCGCUUUGAAAAACCGUCCGACUAUGUGCACUACCUCCGCGAAGGUGAUUACGCGAGCCGCAGCGCCAAAGUGUUGGCGUGCGUGGAAAGCUUGCGGGUCGCGCUGACCAGCAAUCCGAUCAGCUGGAUCAAGGACUUUGGCGAAGAUGGCAUCGACGAAAUCGUAACGCUGUUGCGCUUCUGCAAGUCCAGCCCGCGGCGCUUUCAGAAAAUCGAGUACGAGUGCGUCCGGUGCCUGAAGGCGAUCAUGAACAACUCGUGGGGCCUGAACGUGAUACUGACCCCGGACCAGCACGCCGCCAUCCUGCUGGUGGCGCAGUGUAUCGACGCGAGCAACCCGCAGACGAUGUGCGAAGCGGUGAAGCUCCUGUCGGCCGUUUCCUUCAUCAAGGAACGGAACGGCUACGAGAAGGUGCUGCGCGCGAUCACGAACGCCACGUCGAUGCGGAAGCCGGGUUCGGAACGCUUUCGACCGAUCGUGGACGGACUGUUCGUGGAGAAGGACCGCAACUACGAGCUGUCGAGCAACACGAUGAUCUUCAUCAACUGUAUCAUCAACACGCCGGUGGAGAUCAACUUCCGGCUGCACCUGCGGUGCGAGAUGAUGCGUGCCGGCCUGCACGAUCGGCUCGAUCAGCUGUCGGAGCUGGUGGAGAAGAGUGGCCACGAGAAUCUGAUAAACCACUUCAAAAUCUUCAACGGCUACCGGGAGGACGACUUCGAGGAGUUUAGCAACCGCUUCGACAAUGUGCGGCUCGAGCUGGACGAUAUGAACGAUUGUUUCGACCUGCUAAAGAACCUCACCGCGGAGACGAGCUGCGAGCCGUACUUUCUGUCGAUCCUGCAGCACCUGCUGUUCAUCCGCGACGAUCACCAGUACCGAUCGGCGUACUUUAAGCUGAUCGAAGAGUGCGUGUCCCAGAUCGUGCUGCACAAGAGCGGGUGCGAUCCGAACUUUGAGAGUCGCGAUUUUCACAUCGACACCAGCACCCUGCUGGACGAUAUGGCGGAGAAGACGAAGCAGAUGGAGAGCAAAAAGUCGGAAGACUUCGAGAAGCGCAUGACGGAGCUGCAGACGGCCCGGCAAGAGGCGGAGGCACGGGCAGCCGCCCUCGAGGAUCGACUGAAGGAGAUCGAAGCAUCCGGAGGCCUGAUCGUGUCGCCGAAGGGCAAAAGUAAACUACCUCAGAUUAACAUUCCACCGCCACCGAUGAUGCCGGGUAUGAUGAUGCCUCCUGCGCCGCCUCCGAUGGGUGGCGCACCCCCACCUCCGCCGCCACCACCGUUCCCCGGUAUGGUAGUGGCGGUCGGCGGUGGAGGCCCACCACCUCCGCCGCCACCACCAAUGCCGGGUGCGGGCGGAGUCCGAAUGCCGCCUCCACCACCGAUGCCGGGCAUGGGUGGCCCACCGCCACCGCCGAUGAUGGGUGGAUUCAUGAUGGCCGCCGUCCCGAAACCGCUGCCCCACGGGCUGAAACCGAAAAAGAAGUGGGACACCGAUGGGCCGAUGAAGCGAGCCAACUGGAAAGCGAUCGAACCGGACAAGCUGGCCGAAGGCUCGUUCUGGGUGCAGGUCCAAGAGGAGAAGCUGGCCGACAACGAUAUGCUCGCGACACUCGCCCUCAAGUUCUCCUCGAAACCGGUCAAACCGAUCGACAAGGACAACCACGAGCGGGGCACCACGACGUCGAAGAAGAACAUCGAUCUGCGCGUGCUGGAUGUCAAGUCGGCGCAGAACCUAUCGAUCCUGCUCGGUGGCUCGUUGAAGCACCUUUCGCACGAACAGAUACGCACCUGCUUGCUGCGCUGCGACAUGACCGUGUUCAGCUCGAACGUGCUGCAGCAGCUGAUCCAGUACCUGCCGACACCGGACCAGCUGAAGCGCCUGCAGGAGAUGCGGUCGCGAGGCGAAGAGCUGGCCGGUGCCGAAGCGUUCGCAGCGACCGUCGGCAACAUCAAGCGGCUCGGGGCACGCCUGCAGAGCCUACACUUUCGCAUCACACUGCCGGACAUGGUGCAGGACUGCAAGCCGGACAUCGUGGCCGGCACGGCCGCCUGCGAGGAGGUUAAGUCAAGCAAAAAGUUUGCCAAAGUGCUCGAACUCAUACUGCUGCUCGGCAACUACCUCAACUCGGGGUCCAAAAAGGAGGCCGCGUUCGGGUUCGAGAUCAGCUUCCUGCCAAAGCUGUCGAGCACGAAGGACUACGAGAACAAGCAGACGCUGCUGCACUACCUGGCCGAGGUGGUCGAGAGCAAGUUCCCGGACGCGCUCAGCUUCGACGAGGACCUACCGCACGUAGCCAAAGCGUCGCGCGUGAGCCUCGAAAACGUGCAAAAGACGAUGCGCCAGAUGAACAACUCGCUCAAGAACCUCGAAUCGGAUCUGAUCCUCAACAAGGUGCCGCAGGGCGAGGACGAUCAGUACGUGGAGGUGAUGGGCAAGUUUGCCGGCGAGUGCCGGAAACAGGUGGAGGUGCUGGGCCGAAUGCUGUCCCAAAUGGAGUCCCUGUUCUCGAGCCUGUCCGAGUUCUACUGCUUCGAUCCGGCCAAGUACACGAUGGAGGAGUUCUUCACCGACAUCAAAACGUUCAAGGAUGCGUUCAUGCAGGCGCACGCCGACAAUCUGCGGUUACGGGAGGAGGAAGAGAAGAAACGGCGCACCCAGGAAGCGAAGGAACGGGCACACCGGGAGCAGCAAGAGCGCCAGCAGCGCAAGGUGGAACUGGUUAACAUUGAUGCCGGCCAAACGCAGGAAGGUGUGAUGGACAGUUUGCUGGAAGCGCUGCAAACUGGCUCGGCGUUCGGCAAUCGGGACCAGCGACGGCGGCGCGGUCCCCGACCGGCGGGAGCGGAGCGUAGGGCACAGCUCAACCGAAGCCGCUCACGCACCGGCAUCACGGCGAACGCGUUCGCCAGCCGCGAGAUGCUUUCGGAGUUGCUCGGUCCGGCGUAGGGGCCGCGGCGUAAGUGCACGGGUUCAGCAAGCAACAGUAUUGAAAAACUAAAUCCCUGUGGCCAAAGCACCACCCAAACGGAUUUUCGUACACAACCUCUGGCCAUUAGACCCCGCCGAUGAUAGCACCCCGCCGUACGUCGAAGACGACGAAGCAUACCCGAAGAAACAGAAGCGCCUUAAUUUUGCUAUGAAAAUGGUAAAAUAAAAAAAUCUUAAACAUGCAAACGAAAACCAAUACAAACGUGAUAAAAACCACUAUUUGCACACCAAUACGCCAGCGCACAACAACGAUCGUUACACAUCCGCACAACCGGGCCCCCCGGGGCCAAGUUAAUCCGUUUCAGUGUGGGGAUUAGCGGGAUGAUGGUAUCGUCCCGGAUCGGAGACGGAACGUAGCUUUUAGACGACGUACUACAGUAGGAACGAGCCCAUCAACUACUUUUGUACCAUAUACGAAGUGUGGCCAUCGUCCCGGUGAGAUUAAUCUUUUUAUCAGUGCCCCUUUUGAAAUUACUUCGUAUUGUUACGCAAUCGCCAAACGGGCAAAAGGUGGACGAGUUUUUGCGGAACUGGGCCCAAGAGCCAGGAAAUUGUUUAUUUUUUUUAAACUGUACAUCAUCUUCAGCGAAGCACAACGUCUCAGCAAAUGUGUAAAAGGACGACAAGCGGUGAAUGGGCUGCGUUUCUUUCUUGUUUUAAUGUGUAAGUUCUUUUUGUUUGU